AUGCAAUACCCCAAUUAUCUCGUCUUCCUUGUUGGGGUUGCGAUAUCACUAGUUAUUCAUAGUGCAUAUAGACUCAUCCAACGCAAUCUCACUCAACGCCGUUUUAUAAGUCUUCAUGGCUGUCAACCAGCAGCUAAGGUUCCCUCAAAGGGCAGAUUCAGCAACCUUAGGCGAAUUCUCUCCAACGUUCGAACGGCCAAGCAACACCGAAUCCUUGAAACAAACCAAAGCACCUUCCAACGUUUCGGCAACACCGUAGCUGACAAACGACUUGGACGCCCGGCCAUCAUCACCUGCGAGCCUGAGAAUGUGAAGACCAUCGUUUCGCAACAGUUUCAGGACUUCACAGUUGGACAUCGUAUUCACGCACAAGGGCCACUCCUCGGGAAUGGCAUUUUCACAUCGGAUGGCGACCGGUGGGCUCGUUCUCGUGCUCUACUCCGACCUAAUUUCACGCGCGCCCAGGUAUCGGACCUUACCCUAUUCGAGGAGAAGAUACAAGACCUUUUCGCCCUCAUCCCCCCAAAUGGUGCCACGGUUGACCUACAAGAGCUUUUUUUCUCGUAUACCUUGGACUCUGCGACGGAGUUCUUGUUCGGACAUUCCCUUCAUACACUAAGAAGAUCACACCCUGAUAGCGAGUCGGGGUUUGAGGUUGGGAAGGCGUUCAACUAUGCCAUGGAGGCAAUUACCAUGCGGUCCCGGUUGGGUUCCCUGCGUGUCCUCCAUUUUGAUCGUAAAGCAACGCGAAGCUUUAAGAUCUGUCAUCAGUUUGCCGAGAGGAUCAUUGAUUCUGCAGUGCAACGGAGAGACGCAAUUCCCAUUGCUACCGGUGACUCUGGACAGAAACAAAAGUAUCGGGUCGUCGACGAGCUGGUGCGCCAGACCAACAACAGGCGUCAAAUCCGGGAUGAGCUAAUCAAUGGCCUAAUUGCCGGUAGAGACACCACCGCCGGUCUCCUGAGCAAUCUAUUUUUUUUGCUAGCCAAACACCAAGAGGCAUGGACUAAACUGCAGGAUGAGGUCAACAGGACACUCAAUGGCCGUCUUCCGAGCUAUGAAGAUCUGCGCCAGAUGAAAUUUCUCCGAUAUUGCUUGAAUGAGGCUCUCCGACUAUAUCCCGUGGUGCCAAUUAACGGCAGGCUCGCAAAAAUCGAUACAUGUCUCCCAGUCGGCGGUGGCCCCGAUGCAAAAUCACCGGUAUUUGUUCCCAAAGACACCAUGGUCAUAUACAGCGUGUAUUCAAUGCAUCGACGAGAUGAUCUAUACGGGCCCAAUUCCAAUGAAUUCUGGCCUGAGCGGUGGGACUCCAUUCAGCCGGGAUGGGGCUAUCUUCCUUUCAAUGGUGGUCCGCGAAUCUGCCUGGGCCAGCAGUAUGCUUUGGCAGAGGCUGGAUACGUGACCGUCCGGCUGGCGCAGCGAUUCCGUAAGCUCGAGAGUCGUGAUCCGGGGGAGUGGGAGGAGAGCCUUUCAAUGACGUUAAGAUCUCGAAAUGGGACUAAGGUGGGUCUAGCGUCGACUUAA